UUUUGUUUUCGGUUUCUGCGUGUUCUCAGCUUUGAACAAUGGAGGCUAAAUAUGGAGGAAAGACUCAUCAUUUCUAUGGUUCAAUGGUGUCGGAUUUAAAGGCGGUUGGGAAGAAGAGUAUGGAAUGGGACUUGAAUGACUGGAAAUGGGAUGGUGACUUGUUUAAGGCUGCUCCACUGAAUUCUGUACAAUCAGAGUGCCAGAGUAGGCAGUUGUUUCCUAUUGGGUCCGAAAUUCCUGCCAAUACAGAUUUUAAUAGUUCGUCACCUUGUUCAGAUGAAAUUAGUUUGGAGAAUGAAAAAGGGAAGAGAGAAUUGGAGAAACGGAGGAGGGUUGUAAUCGUUGAGGAUGAAGAGUUGAAUGAUGAAUCUGGGUCCCUUAAUUUGAAGCUUGGUGGGCAAGUGUAUCCUAUUGCCGCUGGGGGAAUGGAAAAAUGGGAAGGGAAGAGUGGGAAGAAAACUAAGGUCGUUGGGCCUACAUCGAGCAGUGUGAUUUGUCAGGUGGAGGACUGUCGAGCUGAUUUGAGCAAUGCCAAAGAUUAUCACAGACGACAUAAGGUUUGUGAUAUGCAUUCCAAAGCCACUGGGGCGUUGGUGGGAAAUGUUAUGCAGCGGUUCUGUCAGCAGUGCAGCAGGUUCCAUCUUCUUCAUGAGUUUGAUGAAGGGAAGAGAAGUUGUCGCAGGCGUUUGGCAGGUCAUAAUAGACGGAGAAGGAAGACACAUCCAGAAAAUGUUGUUAAUGGAGCCCCCCUAAAUGAUGAACGGGAUAGUAGUUAUUUAUUGGUUAGUCUGCUUAGGAUACUCUCCAAUAUUCACUCUAAUGGCUCAGAUCAGACAAAGGAUCAGGAUCUGCUGUCUCAUCUAUUGAGAAACCUGGCCAGUCUUUCAGGUACAGUUAAUGAAAGAAAUGCCCUACCGCCAGAAUCUCAAGAUUUGAGAAAUGUUGGGACAUCUCUUGAAAAUUCAGAAAAGGACCACCUUUUGCCUAUCAGACAAUGUGCCACUGUACCUGCAUCUGAAAUGACACCAAAGAGAAAAUUAACUGCUGGUGACACUCAUGUUGGGAUUCUACAUAAUACGUCUGAUUCUACAAAUGACAGAAUUUCGCCCAGAACAAAUGCCUUGGAGAAUACGAUGGAGAGGAAUAGAUUGAAUACCAUUGAUUUGAAUAAUGUAUAUGACGAUUCUCAGGACUGCACGGGCAACCUGGAGAGGUUUGAUGCCCCUGCAAAUCUAGGGAAUGGGUCUGUUGGUUGCCCUUUAUGGAUGCACCAAGACUCUCACAAGUCAACCCCACCUCAGACAAGUGGGAAUUCAGGUUCCACAUCUUCACAGUCACUGUCUAGUUCCAGUGGAGAGGCUCAGAGUCGCACAGAUCGAAUUGUUUUUAAACUCUUCGGAAAAGAUCCUAAUGAUUUACCUCUUGUUCUGAGAAAACAGAUCCUUGACUGGUUAUCCCACAGUCCCACAGAAAUUGAAGGCUACAUCAAGCCUGGUUGUAUCAUAUUAACAAUAUAUCUCCAAAUGGGAAAACCCACAUGGGAGGAGCUCUGCUGUGAUCUGAGCUCCAGUUUAAGGAGGCUUCUUGAUGGAUCCAGUGAUCCUUUUUGGAGAACGGGAUGGAUUUAUACUAGAGUGCGGCAUCGUGUAGCAUUUGUAUAUAAUGGUCAGGUUGUUCUAGACACACCCUUGCCGCAUAAAAGUCAUAAAAAUUGCAGGAUCUCAAGCAUCAAACCAAUUGCAGUUUCCGUCUCCGAGAGAGUUCAAUUUUUAGUCAAAGGCUUUAACCUUUCUCGGUCCACCACAAGGUUACUUUGCGCACUGGAAGGGAAGUAUUUAGUCCAGGGAAGUUGUUGUGACAUGAUGGAGGGAGCUGAUUUAUUCCUCGAGAAUCGUGAAGUCCAGUCCUUAAGCUUCCCUUGCUCGAUACCAAAUGUCAGUGGGAGAGGAUUUAUUGAGGUGGAAGACCAUGGUCUCAGCAGCAGCUUCUUUCCAUUUAUAGUUGCAGAGCAGGAUGUUUGUUCUGAAAUUUGUACACUGGAGAGUGUCGUGGAGGUUGCAGGAACUGCUGAUAAUAUACUCGGAGAAACUGAAAAAAUAGAAGCCAGGAAUCAAGCUUUGGACUUUAUACAUGAAAUGGGUUGGCUUCUUCAUAGGAAUUACUUGAAAUUCAGACUGGAUGGUAUGGAUCCCAACUUGGAUCUAUUCCCUUUCAAGCGGUUCAGGUGGCUCAUGGAGUUCUCCAUUGACCAUGACUGGCAUGCUGUAGUAGAGAAACUUCUAGGCAUUCUGUUCAAUGGUUCUGUAGAUGCAGGGGAGCACCCUUCUGUUGAACAUGCAUUGCUGGAGAUUGGCCUCCUCCACAAAGCUGUGCUGAGAAACUGCCGGCCUAUGGUAGAAUUCCUCUUGAGAUACUACCCAUACAGAGUUUUGGAGAAAUCUGGAUCUGAACAGAAGCAACAUUUUGAUGGGGGCUGUAACUUAUUUAGACCUGAUGCGAUUGGCCCUGGGGGCUUGACUCCUCUUCACAUUGCUGCUAGUCGAGAUGGCUCCGAGAAUGUAUUGGAUGCAUUAACUGAUGAUCCUGGAUCGGUGGGAAUCAAAGCAUGGAGGAGUGCUCGUGACAGUACUGGAUUGACACCCAAUGAUUAUGCGUGCCUACGAGGCCGCUACCUGUACAUUCAUAUGAUCCAAAAGAAAAUCAACGAGAAAUCAGGAAGUGGGCAUGUAAUGCUUGACAUCCCUGGUGCCCUUUUAGGCUGCAACAUGAAGCAGAAACUGGCAGAUGGGCAUAAAUCAGGGAAAGUUGCUAGUUUUGAAACAGAGAAGGCUGUAAUGAUAGCAAACAAGAAACGAUGCAAGCUAUGCGAACAAAAGUUGGCUUAUGGAAGUGGCAGAACAUCACUGGCAAUCUACAGGCCAGCAAUGGUUUCGAUUGUUGCAAUUGCUGCCGUCUGUGUAUGUGUGGCUCUGCUCUUCAAAAGUUCACCUGAGGUUCAUUGUGUGUUCCAGCCCUUCAGGUGGGAGCUUCUAAAGUAUGGAUCAAGCUAAAGUACACUUGUAAGUAGGUAGCAGUUGUUGUACUGGCCUAUUCGGCUGGAAUUUCUAAUUCUUUUUCUUGUGUUAAUGAUGAUGAUGAUAUAAGACUGGUCAUUUAGGUUUUGGCAGAAUUGGGAAACACAUGUAAUGUCUAUUUGUGCUAGCUAGUUCAUCUUAAUCCGGUCAGAUUCUGAUAGACGGAAGCGGGCGUCCUCGGUCUCAUUUCAUAGAGAGGACCGAAGACCAGUAAACAUGAGGCCUUCCAUCUUGGGCCCAUACCAUUGAACUUGGAAUUUACCAUUUGUAAAUGGAGGGAUAUGAAAGUUGGUACAAAAAUUUUAAUUUAUUUAAAUUAAACUAUAUUAAGAAAAUUUAUUUAGUUUUAAGUAUAUUUUUUUAAAAAAAGACUAAAAAUGUCAUUUAUUAUUUCAUUACUCUCUCUCCAUUACUCUCUUCCAU